AUGUCUUCUGACAGUUCUUCGUCUUCCGUUGCGGAUGGGCCGCCUGCGCCGACUCCGACAUCAGCACCCGUACCCGCCGACCUUCCAUACGAUCAGCUUACCGUCAGCCUCAACAUCAUUUCGCCCACGACGACCGCUAUCUCGGGCGGGCCCUUGAGCUUCCCGGACCUUUCCAUCUCAACAACUAUCAGCCAGCUGAAGGAAAAGAUCCGCAACGCCAUUCCCUCCAAGCCCGCCGACACCCAGCAACGCUUGAUAUAUCGAGGAAGACAUCUCCAGGCCGACAAUGAUACCUUGGGGCAGAUCAUCGGGGAGGCAACGAUCCGUGAACAUAGCCUGCAAGCCUUUCAUCUUGUCCUCCGCGGCAUUCCCGAUGCACCUGCUCCAGCACCCUCGGUCCUGCGUGGUCGCAUACCGACACCAGGCGAAGCCCGCCCCUUCGCGACACAAGCCCAAACCCAGAACCCUCGACAGCAAUCACCACUCGGUGCUCCGACACCUGAAGCAGCAAGGCGAACGGCAGGCUUUGCGAUACCGACAGCGCCAAAUUUCACGCCGCAACAGGUUCAGCAGAUGCACUCGCAACUGCACCAGAGCAUGAGCGCUUGGUCGAGUGGUCUGCAGCGAGAGGCUGUCAACAGGGCCAUGGCCAAUCAUCAGAUAAAUCACAACCAGUCAGCGAGGGCUGCUAUGGGCAUGCAUGGCAUUGGGGAUAACGGCGCGCCAGCGACCGGACCAAGUCAACGGGAUGUCUCACGUGGUAGGAGUCCCGGAGGGCAGCCGUACACGAGGACCGUUGUCAGGGAAGGCACAUUGGGUGACGGGCAGCCCUAUCGAGUCACAAACACCGAGACAUGGACUCCUUUGUCAGUCUCAGACGUUCAGGGCAUCCUCAGGGGUGCCGACGCCGGCCAGGCAACGCAAGCCAUGACCAACGCCAUGCAAAGAAGCGAGUCGCCGGGCCCAGGUGCUCUGCCUUUCGGACUACAGCCGGGCGCGAGCACCCCUUACUAUCCCACCAUGGGCUCUCGGGCUGCCAGUCGAAGCCGCAGCAGCCGGAGGGGCACACCUGAUCCUGUGCCACGAUCCGUUAGCGAAGGGCACAGCGUAAACGCGCACACAAGCUCAGCGCAACCGCCAGCGCAAUCCUCUGGCCCCGAAGUCUAUAUCUUGUUAUCUCCACAAGGACCUCGUGCCCUGCUCAUCAACAACACCAGCAAUGAAACGUACUACACACCAAGCCUCCGCCUUCCUGUCCCGGAUCCUGCAGCUGCCUUUGCCAGAUUCGCGCCUCAUGGUCGCUCGCCACAGCAUUCGCCGUGGCCAACUGGCCCGUUUACCAUACCGCCCACAACACAGCCAUUUCAAGCCCCGCAACAGCAGCCACAGCCGCAGAACCAGCAGCAGCAGCAACAACAACCUCAAAACCCUCAGUGGCAGGCACCGCCUCAUGGUCUGAAUGAAGUUCCCAUUGGAGCUUUGCCUGCUCAUCCGAACAAUCCACGACUUGCGCCCCUCAUAGCCCAGAUGCUGCCACACUUCUGGCUUGUGGUCCGCUUGGGGGUCUUCAUCUGGUGGUUCACUUCCCCCAACUCUAGCUGGUCCCGUUGGGCAACAGUCAUAGCUAUCGCCAUUAGCAUCUUUAUUGUGAACACUGGUCUCUUUGACGCCUACUUCGAUCGAAUUGUUGCGCCUAUGAGGCGACAUCUCGAUAAUCUCCUGCCACUCGCCAACAACAACCACAACAACAAUCCGCCAAACAACGCAGACCUUCCUGGCAAUCCCGAUGACCAACGUGCGCCAUUGGCAGCACAACACAACGGUCCGCUUGACCCUGCCCAGGCUGCUGCCCGACUCGUAGCUCGAAGACGCCAUGAUAACACGACCUGGCUGAUGGAACAGGCACGUCGUCUCGAAAGAGCUGGUCUGCUGUUUCUGGCCAGCAUCGCUCCUGGCGUGGCCGAGCGGCACAUUGCUCACUUCGAGGAACAAGAGCGGGCUGAAAGGCGGCGCAGAGAAGACGCCGAAGCUGCUGCUACAGCCGCCGCCGCUGCCGCCAACGGCGAACCGGAGGCCGCUGCUGAGAACGCAGAGGCUAAUACGGGUGGAGUCGUCGCGCAAAAUGAGACAUCGGCCUCGGCAGGGCCUGCUGACGGUCAGCAGGGCAACGAUCAGCCGGCUGAGAGAAGGGAGGCCGAGCCGUUGAUUGCUGUGUAA